CGCCGCGCAUGCGCAGAGGUGUGGUCGGGGAAGGUGCGCCGAGGCUGGAGUUGGAGGCGCGGCCCCUGUGAGUGUGGAAGCCAUAAAAUGUAAAACACAGGAGCUGUCAGCAACCACGCGUCCUGCCAUGUGGAACUGGUCUGCGACAAAAAAGAAUGAAGCUAACAUGCAGAAAGCAGCAGAGAACAAUGUGUGCUCAGUACUGCAUCUCCUUUGCUGAUGUUGAAAAAGCUCAUAUCAACAUUCGAGAUUUUAUCCACCUCACACCAGUGCUAACAAGCUCCAUUUUGAAUGAAGUAACAGGGCGCAAUCUUUACUUCAAAUGUGAACUCUUCCAGAAAACUGGAUCUUUUAAGGUUCGUGGUGCCCUUAAUGCAAUCAGAGGUUUGAUUCCUACCACUUCUGAAAAGCCCAAAGCUGUUGUUACUUACAGCAGUGGAAAUCAUGGCCAGGCUCUCGCCUAUGCUGCCAAAUUGGAAGGAAUUCCUGCUUAUAUUGUGGUACCCCAAACAGCUCCCAACUGUAAAAAACUGGCAAUACAAGCCUAUGGAGCCUCUAUAGUCUACAGUGAACAGAGCGAUGAGUCCAGAGAAAAUGUUACCAAAAGAAUUAUAGAAGAAACAGAAGGGAUCAUGGUACAUCCCAAUCAAGAACCUGCAGUGAUGGCUGGGCAAGGGACAAUUGCCAUGGAAGUACUGAACCAGGUUCCUUUGGUAGAUGCACUGGUGGUACCUGUAGGAGGAGGAGGAAUGAUUGCUGGAAUAGCAAUUACAGUUAAGGCUUUGAGACCUACUGUGAAGGUAUAUGCUGCUGAACCCUUGAAUGCAGAUGACUGCUACAAGUCCAAACUGAAAGGGGAACUGACCCCCAAUCCCUGUCCUCCAGAAACCAUAGCAGAUGGUGUGAAAUCCAGCAUUGGCUUAAACACCUGGCCUGUUAUAAGGGACCUUGUGGAUGAUGUCUUCACUGUCACAGAGGAUGAAAUUAAGUAUGCAACCCAGCUGGUAUGGGAGAGGAUGAAACUGCUUAUUGAACCUACAGCUGCUGUUGGAGUGGCUGCUGUUCUGUCUCAGCAUUUUCAAACAAUUUCCCCAGAAGUAAAGAACAUUUGUAUUGUGCUCAGUGGUGGAAAUGUAGAUUUAACUUCCAUAACUUGGAUGAAGCAGGCUGAAAGGCCAGCUCCUUAUCAAUCUGUUUCUUUUUAAUUUAUGCAUAAGGAAGAAAUGUGAUUCAGUGUCUCUAGACACUUGGAAAUUUUGUUUCCUAGUCAAUGUUAACUUCCCACAUCUUACCUACUUAAACAG